AUGGAAAACAUGGCGGUUUUGGAAGAAACACAUACUCGAACUGUUCGAUCUUGUGCUUGGUCACCUUCUGGGAAAUUGUUAGCUACUGCAAGUUUUGAUGCCACCACUGCUAUAUGGGAAAAUGUUGGGGGUGAUUUUGAGUGUGUCUCUACUUUGGAGGGACAUGAAAACGAAGUAAAGAGUGUAUCUUGGAAUGCAUCUGGAACUUUGCUUGCAACUUGCAGUAGAGAUAAGUCCGUUUGGAUAUGGGAAGUGCAGCCAGGCAAUGAGUUUGAGUGUGUCUCAGUGCUGCAAGGACAUACUCAGGAUGUGAAAAUGGUGAGGUGGCACCCAACAGAGGAUAUCUUAUUUUCAUGUAGCUAUGAUAAUAAUAUUAAGGUCUGGGCAGAUGAAGGUGAUAGUGACGAUUGGCAGUGUGUUCAAACCCUUGGAGAACCCAACAAGAGAAGAAAGCUCUGA